GUUAGAAGACAGCUCAGGAGAAAGCGAGAAUGAACCUGAGGGACAAGAUAGAUCAGGAGAAAGACAGAACAAACCUGAGGGACAAGAUAGAUCAGGAGAAAGAGAGGAUGAACCUGAGGGACAAGAUAGAUCAGGAGAAAGAGAGGACGAACCUGAGGGACAAGACAGAUCAGGAGGAAGAGAGAACGAACCUGAGGGAGAAGACCGCUCAGGAGGAAGAGAGAACGAACCUGAGGGAGAAGACAGCUCAGGAGGAAGAGAGAACGAACCUGAGGGAGAAGACAGAUCAGGAGGAAGCAAACAAAAUGAAGGAAUUCAGGAAGAAAGCAGCUCGGGACUUAACCAAGUUCAAGGGGGAUUCCUGGUGGAAAGUGUUUUAAAAGUUUCAGACUCUCAUCAAGCAAAA